AUGCAAGCCACUCUCGACAACAUCGUUGGUACUUCGGGCCGCACCAAGCUCCUCCGCAAGAAUGCCGAUGACAGUGCGUGACUAUUUCUUUUGCGAUCCCCACACCCCCUCACUUUUGAUCGAGCCUCACCCAGCUGACCCGAAUACUGCACCUCAUUUCAGUCGUCGUCACGUUCGCCAAGCGCACGCCCCUGUGCAAGGCACGCAAGGGCGGCUUCAAGGACAUGUCUGGCCAAGAGCUCAUGAUUGCCUUCUUCAAGGUCAGUUCGGACUAUCUCAUGUUCCGUCUCCUUCGAGCCGCGGCAGGCGCUAACUCUUCUUUCUUGGUGGGCCAUCUGAGUAGGGUGCUAUCGCCGAGAUGAAGGUCGAUCCCGCCGUUGUCGAGGACAUUGUAUUUGGUAAGUCACCCCAUUCGAUCAUUCGAUCAGCCGGUCCUGGCCCUCGUCCGCUCGGAAAGUGGCGGCUGACGUAAGCGGCGCCACACUUGAUAUGUCUAAAGGUACCGUCUUGCCUCCCAAGGCCCCUUAUGAUGCCCGUGCAUCCGCACUUGCCGCCGGCUUCCCCGAAACGACCAGUGUGCAGGUCAUCAACCGGUAAGCUCGGCUAGAAAACCUGGCAGGUCCGAACUUUUCAGCCGCGGGUGCUCCCACUGAUCUGCCAUCGUUCGACGCUUUUUCCAACUUUUUCCAACAGAUUCUGCUCUUCGGGAUUGAUGGCCGUUCAGUCCGUCGCCAACCAGAUCCGAGUCGGUGAGAUCGAGGUCGGUUUCGCUGUUGGAUUCGAGUCCAUGUCGGCCCACCCCGACCGCGGCGCCGACGAGUUCGCCCAGGAGAUCCUCGAUCACCCCGUCGCCGCCGAUUGCCAACACCCGAUGGGAUGGACCUCGGAGAACGUCUCCAAGGACCUCAACGUCCCGCGCAAGAGGAUGGACGAGCUCGCCGCCGCUUCGCACCAACGUGCCGGCAAAGCCCAAAAGUCCGGCAUCUUUGCCGACGAGAUCAUCCCCAUCACGGCUCUGCAAGCGCCUUCGACCCCUUCCGCCGAAGGUGCGCCCAAGGCCAAGCGUGUCCCCGUUCUCGUCAAGGACGACGACGGCAUUCGCCCCGACUCGACCGCCGAAGGAUUGAGCAAGAUUCGCCCCGCUUUCCCCCAGUGGGGCAAUGGCACCACCACCGGUGGUAACGCCUCGCAGUUGACCGACGGUGUCGCUGGUGUCUUGUUGAUGAAGCGAUCCAAGGCGCAAGAGCUUGGUCUCCCCAUCUUGGCCAAGCACGUCGUGACCUGCACCGCCGGUUUGGCGCCCCGGAUCAUGGGCAUUGUAAGUUGUGGCGUUUAUUUCCGCCAGUGCGAGAAACCCUGUCUUUUGCAACACACUAACCACUCCGCAACGGCUUCUCAUUCCCUCAGGGCCCCGCUAUCGCGAUCCCCAAGGCUCUCGCCAAGGCUGGUAUCACCCGAGAGGACGUGGACCUGUGGGAGGUCAACGAGGCGUUCGCAUCGAUGCUCGGUUACCUGAUCGACACCUUUGGCCUGCCGCACGACAAGGUCAACAUCCACGGUGGUGCGAUCGCGCUCGGUCACCCUCUGGGUUGCACCGGUGCACGACAGGUCGCCACGGGUCUCAACGCGAUCAAGAGGACUGGCGGAAAGAUUUUGGUCACGUCCAUGUGCAUUGGUCUUGGCAUGGGUGCCGCCGGUGUCUGGGUCAACGAACAGUAG